CGCUGUUCUCCGACGCCCAGCCGCUCAGGCCGGGGUAAAAAACUGCGUGACACAUGGAGAGCGUGGCGGCCAUUUUCGUUUUCUGGGCGAGUCAGCUUAGGGGAUUUGGAGUCGAGGAGUAACGCUGCGCAAGCGCACCCUUUAGUGUCCCAGGUAACUCCCAUCUGACGGGCGAGGCGUCGACGGCGUCGCCGGAAGUUUGGCGUUUGCGCCGGGAGGAGGCGGCGGCCGCGGCAGAAGCAACUGUCUCCCGGUACCCGGAUGUGAGGCGUCCGGCGGCACGGAGGGUGAGAUCCUCGGCCGGGCCGGAGGGAGGUAGGCGCGCGUCAGUGACGGUCCCUGCGCCCACGUCCUCCCCCGCAGAGCGUGAGCGGCCGACCUUCCUGUCCCUCCCUCCUCCGGGUCGCCGUGUCUCGCAUGCCUCUUCCUCGUCUGGUCUUGUUGCCUCGCGGUCCUGGCGGGGAGGUGGGAGACUGGGGGACGCCAUCGUCCAAGAUCCUCAGAUAUACAAGAAAUACUUGGAAGCAUUCAGUUAGAGGCAUCAUCAGUCAGUUUAACAAGUUGAUGAAGAUUUUAAUUUCCUUAAGGUGCUGUGUAAUGUGUUAACAGGUUAUAAGGAAUGGUUUUAUCAGAUUUUCAUGAGUUAUGGUGGCUGAAACAACAAUUCUAUCUUGUGGGAAAAGAAUUACAUAUCAGCACAAAAGGAAAUCUAUGUUAAUAGAGUACUUCAUUAAACAAAGGAGGUUAAAUAAGAACUACAAACCAACAUACUCAACAAACAAGGAAAGAAACGUGUUAAUCAUAAGACAUGUUUCAAAUGAAUCAGAGUCCAGUAACUAUAGACUUCAGAAGAAAAAAGUUUUCAAAAAUUUUGUCAGAACAGACAGGUCAGUGAUAAAUAACAUCUUCAGUAAUAGAGUUAGGAUUGAAACUGAAAAUUAAUUGAAAUAUUUUAACAAAUCUUAAUUGUUUCUUUUCAUUUAAAAACUUAUGCAAAUACAAAUUAGUUAAAUUUUUUUUAGAGUUUGAUUGCCUUGUCUAAAAGGAAAUACCUUUUAGAAUUUAUUCCAGCUUUUAUCAUGUCCUAAAAAUCUUACUUGAAGCAAACUAGUACUUUUGUUGAAAAUGUGUAUAAGUUAAAGCUGUUUUUCACGACUUGCUUCUCAGUAAUACUACUCAACAUUUUUACAUAUCAGGACAUAGGCUGUCCUUUCAGAAUCUACUUAGAAAGAGAAGACAUUACUCAGGAAUAAUGUCCAUUCAGGAGAAAUCAAGAGAAAAUUCUUCAAGUAUUAUUAAAACAAGUAAAGAUAAGAAUUUAGAAGUAGACAUUCAAUUUUCUCACAAUAGUUUAGCAAAAAAAUCAGGUUCUAUGGAAGCUAUAAAGUCACUGGUUAAGUCUCCCAGUGAAAGUAAAGUAAAUCAGUGUGAAUUGGGAACGCGAAUGAAUACAAGGUCAACAAAAGCUGCCUCCAGUGAUGAAGCCACUAAAUCCAUUAAUAAAAAUAGGGCACCUGUGAAAGUACAGUCACAAGAAUCUACAAAAAACAAAUGUCAGAAAAAAUUAGUACAUCAAACCUCUAAGGCAAAUGAACAUCUUAAUCGGAGAUCACAAAGAUUACAACAGUUAAAAGAGUGUUCAACAAGGUCCUUGCGCAGUAGAGAGAUUCAGGGUCAAAUUCAGUCAGUUAAACAGUGUGUACCAGUAACGAGGAAAGAACACUGUAACAUUAUCCAAAGUAAGUCUAAUAAAGUUAAAAUACAUCAAAAACACGUGAAAAGGAAAGUACUGGAAAUAAUAUCAGAUUGUAAAGAGUAUGAACAUUCAGUAACUAAUGAGAUAGUAAAUUCCCCUAAAGCAAAAAAACUCAAAGUAGAACAUGGGACAAUUCAUACUUGUAGUUCUCAAUUUGUACAAGGAUCUGAAAAGUGUCUCCAGACAACUACUAGGAAAGAAGAACCAAAAUCUGUGCCUGUAACUUCUGAAAUAAAAAAAUUAAAAGUAGCUACUUCAUUAGUCUCUAAAAAGAGUGAACUGAAGUCAGCUUAUACACAAGUGAAUACUAGCACAAAAUCCCAAAAAAGUCUGCAGCCAUCAGUGCCUGAACAAAGUAUAGAUAAUGAUUUGGAGCCAACAGGAAAGAGCAAACGUGGUAGCAUUCUACAGCUCUGUGAAGAAAUUGCUGGUGAAAUUGAGUCAGAUACUGUAGAAGUAAAAAAGGAACCAUCACAAGUAGAAAGUAUAGAGGAAGAGAAGCCUACAAAAGUAAAACUAGAAGAGACUGAUGUUGAAAGACAGAUACCUCAUCAAAAAGGAACAAAUCAGGAUGUGCAAUGCAACCGUUUCUUCCCCAGUAGAAAGACAAAACCUGUGAAAUGCAUACUAAAUGGAAUAAGCAGCUCAACAAAGAAGAACUCCAACUGGACUAAAAUUAAACUCUCAAAAUUUAAUUCUGUGCCACAAAAUAAAGACUCUCAAGUUUCCACUAAGUUGGGUUUAUUGAGAACCAAUUUUUCACCGCCAGUUUUAGAAAUGCAUCAUCAUUCUGUGACUCAAAAUACAUUUUUAGAGGCAAAACCACAUGAUAAAAAUAUAAUUUGUCAUCAGGAAAAAAUGAAAGAAAGUAAAUCUGAAGUUAAGAUGAAAGAAGUUAAUAUUAAUGAUAUCACAGUUGAAUCUAAUAAAACAACUAAAAGGGCUCCUGAAAUUUUGGAUAAUCAGAUAAAACCUUCUGACUCACCUUUGGAUAAUCAGAUGAAACAUUCUUUUGAAUCAACACCAGAUAAGAAUUUCAGUUUAUGUUUGGAACCCAAGCUGGGAAACAGUGCAGUAGAGAACACUUCUGUUUCAACUCUGCCAAGUCAAGCAAAAUUUGAUGCAGAAGAGAAUAUACUUCCAGUUGCAGGUUCAGCUCCCAAACAUCACAGUAUACCCAAUAACCAAACAUCUAAGAACAAUGAUAACAGAGAGAUACCACCAAAUCAUUCUUGGUCUAAGUGUAAUUCCCAUUUGGAGAUAACAAUUCCAAAGGACUUGAAACUAAAGGAAGUAGAGAAAGCUGAUGAAAAACAGUUGAUCAUAGAUGCAGGACAAAAAAGAUUUGGAGCAGUUUCCUGUAAUGUUUGUGGAAUGCUUUACACAGCUUCAAAUCCUGAAGAUGAAACUCAACAUCUGCUUUUCCACAACCAGUUCAUAAGUGCUGUAAAGUAUGUGGGUUGGAAAAAAGAAAGAAUUCUGGCUGAAUAUCCCGAUGGCAGGAUAAUAAUGGUUCUUCCUGAAGACCCAAAGUAUGCCCUGAAAAAGGUCGACGAGAUUAGAGAGAUGGUUGAUAAUGAUUUAGGUUUUCAGCAGGCCCCACUAAUGUGCUAUUCCAGAACUAAAACACUUCUCUUUAUAUCUAAUGACAAAAAAGUAGUUGGUUGCCUAAUUGCUGAACAUAUCCAGUGGGGCUAUAGAGUUAUAGAAGAGAAACUCCCAGUGAUCAGGUCAGAAGAAGAAAAAGUAAGAUUUGAAAGGCAAAAGGCCUGGUGCUGUUCCACAUUGCCGGAGCCUGCCAUCUGUGGGAUCAGUCGGAUAUGGGUGUUCAGUAUGAUGCGGCGGCGGAAAAUAGCUUCUCGAAUGAUUGAGUGCCUAAGGAGUAACUUUAUAUAUGGCUCAUAUUUGAGUAAAGAAGAAAUUGCUUUCUCAGAUCCUACUCCUGAUGGAAAAUUGUUUGCAACACAGUACUGUGGCACUGGUCAGUUUCUGGUAUAUAAUUUUCUUAAUGGACAGAGUACCACCUAAAACAAUCUUGCCUGCAGUACUGGAAGACCUACUGAAGAGAAUGAUUUGAUUGCUGACUUUAAGCAGGAAUUAGGGCCAUUUUUAUUACAAUGAACUCAGGACUGGCAACAACCAUAUGGUUGUUCCAUUUUCAUAAAAUUGGAAAUAAUGCAGUAAUAGCUGAUUAUUGUUUUGUUUUUUAAAGAAGAUAUUUUGUUAUCUUUUACAGAAAUUUAUGAUUGAUGUAUUUUAUCUAUAGUAAUUUAGACAUGUUUACAUGCAGCAGAUAAUUGUUCAUAGUGGACUGAAAACUAAUGCAAGGACUAUGGUCUCAGUGAUAAGUAUAUUUUGAAGUUCUUAAUAUGGAAAUAUACCAGUGUAGCUUGGUACUGUAUUUUUUUAUAUUGAUCUGAUACCAGUUAUAGUUUUAAAGAUUGUAUUUUCACAGAAUGGAAACCAGUGUUUUUGAGUUACUGUUCAAGAAGGGCAAAAUACUCUGUGUAUUUGGGGAUUUGACACUAAUUCUUAAAAAGGUCUUCCAGGAAACUUACAGAAAAGGAAAAUUCCAAAUAAGUGGGAAGAAUUUGGAAUAUUGAGCAUUUUCUUUCAUUUCUCUUUCCUACCUCGAUGGCAGGCAGAAAUGGAAAGAGGUAAAGAAUCGAGGUUCUUCUUGCAGAGUGAUAAAUAACCAGAAUUUUGAUGGAUACCUUCUGAGUGCAUUAUCAUAUUUCUGGUUUCAAUUUUU